AGUUCGCGCACAUACCCCUCGCACACAAUGUUCCUUCGCUCCGCUACUCGCGCUGCUGCUCGCAGCUCGGCCAUGCCCACCACGGCCCUUCGCUCCUACCGCGCCGUUCCGGGCCCAAUGGCCUGCCUGAACGCUCGUCCCCAGACUGAGAAGAAGUCUAUCGCUCCCCAGCAGACCCGCGCCGCGUCCGAGCAUGCCAUCUCGAAUCCCACACUCGCCGGCAUUGAGAAGCGCUGGGAGGCCAUGCCCCCUCAGGAGCAGGCCGACCUGUGGAUGCAGCUGAGAGACCGCAUGAAGGUCGACUGGCACCAGAUGACUCUCCAGGAGAAGAAGGCCGCCUACUGGAUCUCCUUCGGUCCCCACGGCCCUCGCUCCCUGCCCCCCAAGGGCGAGAACCUCAAGAUCUUCUUCAAGGUCAUCCAGCUCACCCUGGUCAGCUUCGGUAUCUUCUACGUCAUUCACCUGUUCGCCAAGCCCCAGCCCAAGACCAUGACCAAGGAGUGGCAGGAGGCCUCCAACGAGUACGCUAAGCAAGAGAAGAUGAACCCCAUCUACGGUAUCAGCUCCGAGGGUUACGAGGGCAAGGGCUUCGUCCAGAGCCCCCCUGCUGAGAAGCAAUAGAUUGCUCCAAUUCCUCGGGAGGAACAGGUAUGACGACUGGGAGUGCUGUGGAUGGGCAGUGCAGGGCUACAGGGAUGAACUACUGCCCCCCAUUGCAUGGCCUGUGAUGACGCCGGUUCUGUGCCCAUCAAACUUGGACGCAGUCCUUCGCCUCUGUUCUACUUGUUUGUCAAUGUUAGCCCCAAAAGACCUCUGUAUCUCGUACUGUGCAAUAAUCAACUAUCUCCUUUGUAGCCAUAG